AUGGUCGUAAGGGUCGAGGCCGAGUGCUCCUUCACCCACGAUGGUGAUCAGGUUUGCCUUUGUGGCUCCAAUCCUCAUCUUGGGGACUGGGAGGCGAGCAAGGCACUGGAGUUGAAGACGGGUCCGAAGCUUUGGCCCAGGUGGACGGCGGAAGUGGCCCAGAAGGUGGUUGGAGCAGAGUUCAAGCUCAUCAUCAAGCGACGGGACGGUGCAGUUGAGUGGGAGUCGCUGCCCGACAACCGAUCCUGGCCUGAUGUUCCCGACGGCUCGAAGCUUUGCUUCAGAUAUGGAGACCCGGAUUUACAGGUCGCAAAAGAGCCGCGGGUGAAGUUUGAUGAUGAAGAGGGCAAGGACAGCAAAGUACUGCCUGUGCCCAGGGGUCACAGAGCCAAGUCGCACCUGGACAUCCGACAGCGCUUGGUGUACAACUCCUCGGACAAGUUCAAGAAGAACAUCGAGGACCGGUUUGAUCUGGACACAGACUUGCUUGGUGAAGGCGGCUUUGGGCGUGUCUUCAAGGCCUGCGACAAGGAGACGGGGGCCUCGCGCGCAGUGAAGGUCGUCUUGAAGUCACGAGUGACACACAUGGAGGAGGUGAAACAGGAACUCCAGCUCAUGCAGAGCAUGGACCAUCCCAACAUCGUGAGGCUUUAUGGGGUUUAUGAAGACCACUGUAACCUGUAUUUGGUCAUGGAGCUUUGUGAGGGCGGCGAGCUCUUCGAUCGGCUGGCAGAUGGAAAUUUCUUGACGGAGCCAGUGGCACGAAAGAUUAUGAAGCAGAUCUUCUCGUCCAUCGCGUACUGUCAUUCGCGCGGGGUGGUGCACAGAGACCUCAAGCCUGAGAACUUCGUCCUGAUGUCGAAGACUCGGGAGGUUGACCAGACACCGCUGAAGCUCAUUGACUUCGGACUGGCCACUUACUGCAGAGACGACCAGACCCUCAGCACAGCAGUGGGUACCCCGUACUACGUGGCUCCAGAGAUGUUGGGGCACACGUAUGGAAAGGGGGUGGACAUUUGGAGCAGCGGUGUGAUCAUGUAUGCCUUGCACUGCGGCCGCCUACCUUUCGUCGGCAGGACAGAUAUUGACAUCUUGAGGAAGGUGAAGCGUGGCCAGUACAGCUUUGAUGGGCCGAUUUGGGAUAAGGUAUCUGCCUUGGCUAAAGACCUAAUAGGCCAAUGUUUAGAGAUGAACACCGAGAAGCGGAUCACGGCUCUGGACGCCAUGGCGCAUGGCUGGUUCAAAUCGGGGGCGGGGGCUGCAGCUUCUGACUGCUGCGUCUUUGAUGAAGACGUGCUGGUGAAUUUGAAGGCGUUCAGCAUGGCGAACCGCUUCAAGAAGGCUGCGCUUAUAGCGGUUGCAUAUCACCUUACUGCGGACGAGCGGCAUGAACUGCGGCAGACGUUCACCAAAAUGGACAAGAACGGAGAUGGCUUCCUGAGCUUAGCGGAGAUAGAGGAAGGUCUCAAACCGCAUGUAGAGCAGUCGGGCACGAAGCUCACAGAGCUGUUCAAGGGACUUGCUAACCCCCAGGGGAAGCUUGAGUACACGCAGUUCAUUGCCGCCGCCAUGGACCAGCAGCUGCAGAAGGAUGAGGAGCUGUGUUGGCGCGCUUUCAAAGCCUUCGAUAAGGAUGGCAGUGGCUCGAUUACGGUGUCUGAGCUCAAGCAGGUGCUUCAGGGCGAUGAGCUAAGCAAAGUGAUGGAAGGCCAGAGCAUUGAGAGCACUGCAAAGAUCUUCGAGUCCAUGGAUAAGGAUAGCAAUGGCACGGUCUCCUUCAGCGAGUUCAUGGACACGCUCCACUCCACGGCGAUCCUGGAACCCCAGUCUCCAACGCACUCCUCGAUCUAUGGCAAAGCAGCACCUGCCCGGUCUUUGGGCGCACUCAUCUCUGCGGCUGAGGGCUAA